AUGGCAUUGCCACGCAUGGUCGACUGCAUCGCAUCUUGGUACACGUUGAGGUUGCUGGCAACCUUCACCGUCCUCGCCGCCCUCUUCGUCAUCGUCCACACGCUCUUCCUGCGCCGAAUACCAUCCAAAGCGCCUCCCCCCGUCAGCGACGAUGCGCCUAUAGUCAGCGCAAUUGGCUUCUGGACCGAACGCUGGACCUGGUUCAAGCGGAAGCGCGACGAAUCCUUAACUGGGAAUUUCUCCUGGCAUGCGGGCGCGCACACGAUCAUCGGGCUUUCGGGCGACAAGGGGCGGCAGGUGUUUUUCGAGUCGAGAGGACUGAGCUUCAAGGAGGGGUAUGCGGUGCUUUUUGGGCAGGUGCAGGCUCUUGAGAAUCAUGCGAACGAGGCGCAGGAGGCUGAUGACAAUCAUUUCAGUCGUCGGCUGGCGUAUCUUUUGAAGAAUGAACAGUUUCGUCGCAAGCUGCCCAUCUUGAUCUCGGAUACCAAGGAGGCGAUAGAAGCGAUCAGGAACGACCCCAGCGGCAUCACCGACCCAUUCGAGAGUCUGUAUCGGAUUGUCUUUCGCCUCACCAUCCGCAUGGUUGGGGCCGAUGAGAUUGCAGACGAGACAAAAGUGCUCGAGGAGACAUUGCGCCUGUUUGAAACCCUCGACAACAGCUCCACCGCCUUAUCCGUCAUCUUCCCCAAACUCCCGUCUCCAGGCGUUGUCAAGCGCACGUAUGCGGCCGGGCGGUUGUACAUGCUGAUUGAGAAGAUUCUGAAGAAGCGAGCGGCCAGCGACGAAAAGCACGACGACGCACUACAAUACCUACUAGACCAAGGCGACCAAACCUUUAAAAUCGUCGAAUUCAUCCUCGGCGCCUUAUUCGCAGGCCUACUCAACAGCGGCAUCAACGCAGCAUGGGUGGCCUGCUAUCUAGCCACCUCACCAGAAUGGCUUCAUCGAGUCCACAACGAGAUCCGCACCACCGCCGCCAAACAUGCAAGAAACCCAAACGCCCCGCUCUACAACCAACUCGACGACAUACCCCUGGACGCCUGGGAAAACGAAUUCCCAGUCAUAGACCUAUGCUUGCGCGACUCCAUCCGCUUAAACCUCCUCGGCACAGCUCUACGACGCAACAUCAGCGGAAAACCCAUCCCAACCGGCACAGGAGACGAAGUCAUACCCCCCGGCGCCUUUGUCACCUACGCCACAGGCGACAUCCAUCUCAACCCGACCGUGUACCCCGAUCCCCACAAAUGGGACCCCUCGCGCUACCUCCCCGGGCGCUCUGAAGACAAGGCAAAAGACCACGCAUUCGUCGGGUGGGGCGCUGGCCGUCACCCCUGUCUUGGGAUGCGUUUUGCUAAGCUGGAGCAGAAUAUUAUUCUUGCGUACUUUGUUGCGGCGUUUGAAUUUAGCCUGCAGGAUGGGAAUGGGAGGCUGUUGACGGUGCCUCCGCGUGUGGAUUAUAAUCGGCAUUCUGCGCAUAAGCCUAAGGAACGACAGUAUCUCAAGGUUUCUCCUAGAGGGGAAUGA